ACAAAGUGAGCAUCUGAACCGCUCAUUGCACCUGUCCACGUGUCAAAAUCAUGUUAAAGCUAAACUACUCAAAAUUUAGUUUUUUAUUAUCUUCAACUAUUUGGUUGGAUAACUCAAGAAAUACCGGAACUUUCAAAUGGGAUUCUGUCUUCCUCUUCAAAAUCUCUUCCUGCAUCACUAAAUAGUACGUUAAUUUUACCUUCUUUCUCCCAAUUUUUCUUAUUCUUACUGUUUUUUUCAAUUGGGUUCAUAUACAAUAUUGAUCAACCAUCAAAUUUAUCAUUGUUUUUCAAUUUAAAAUUGGCUUUGAGUUGUGUUCAUCUAUGAUGUUUCUGCUGUUCUAUGUAAAUUCCUAUUGAAAAAUCAUAUAAAUCCUUGUAUGUAACAAAAAUUAAUGGCAACCCUUUUGCAAUCAUUGUCUCCAAUUACAAACCCAUGUCUAGAAAAUACAGUAAAAUCAUUUGGGUUCUUUUCCCAAAUCCCAAAUCUUCAUACUGUAACCCUAAAUAAGGGUUUUUCUAGGGUUUUAGCAUCUAAUCAAAUUACUAUAUCAUCUAAUUCUGUGUUUACAUUGCCUAAUUGGAGAACUGGGAAGAAUGAUCCUAAAUCUAAAGAAAUUAAGGUGAAUGAUGCAUUUUUGUAUUUGGAGUAUAUGGUAGAAAAGGGUCAUAAACCUGAUAAGAGUCAGGCAACUCAGUUGUUGUAUGAUCUUUGUAAGUUGAGUAAAGUUCGAAAGGCGAUACGAGUGAUGGAGAUGAUGGUUAGUUCGGGUGUAAAACCGGAUGCUACGUCGUAUACUUUCUUAGUGAAUCACUUGUGUAAGAGAGGAAAUGUUGGGUAUGCAAUGCAAUUAGUUGAGAAAAUGGAGGAGUAUGGUUAUAUAACUAAUACGGUUACAUAUAAUUCACUUGUUAAAGGGCUUUGUAUGCUCGGAAAUUUGAAUAAGAGUAUGCAACUUUUGGAUCGAUUGAGGAAGAAAGGGCUUGAACCGAAUGUAUUCACUUACUCGUUUUUGUUGGAAGCUGCAUAUAAGGAAAGAGGGGUUGAUGAGGCGAUGAAGUUGUUGGAUGAGAUUAUAGCGAAAGGGGGAAAACCGAAUUUAGUUAGUUACAAUGUAUUGUUGACGGGUUUGUGCAAGGAAGGGAGAACGGAAGAGGCGAUUUUCUUUUUCAGGAAUUUGCCUGAAAAAGGUUUUGAGCCGAAUGUGGUUACUUACAAUAUCUUGUUGAGGACUCUUUGUUGUGAAGGACGAUGGAAGGAAGCAUAUGAACUUCUGGCGGAAAUGGAUGAUGGAGAUCGAGCUCCGUCUGUAGUCACUUAUAACAUUUUGGUCAGUUCACUUGCUCUUCAUGGACAAAUUAAUCAUGCUUUUGAGGUUCUAGAAGAAAUGAUGAGGGCCGGUUUCAAACCCACUGGAGCAACCUACAACCCCAUUAUUACUCAUCUUUGUAAGGAACGAAAGGUUGAUCAAGUUGUCAAGUGUUUAGACCACAUGAUUUCACUCCACUGUCCUCCUAAUGAAGGAACAUAUAACGCUGUCGCUUUGCUUUGUGAACAUGGAUUAGUUCAGGAAGCGUUCUCGAUCAUCCAAAGCUUGGGUACCAAAUCUAACUUAUCGAAUCAAGACUUUUAUAAAACUGUCAUUACCAGUUUGUGCAGGAAAGGAAAUACAUACCCCGCUUUGAAGCUACUAAACGAGAUGACUAAGUACGGAUACACUCCCGAUUCUUAUACACAUUCCACCUUAUUACGAGGGUUGUGCAUGGAAGGAAUGCUGGAUGCAGCAGUCGAGAUUUUCAUGUUGAUGGAAGAAAACGAUUGCAGGCCCGAUGUCGAUAAUUGCAACGCGCUUAUACUUGGUUUGUGCAAGUCACAAAGAACCGAUUUGGCUUUGGAUAUCUACCAAAUGAUGGUUGAGAAAGGAUAUAAGCCUAAUGAGAUGACUUAUACUAUAAUCAUAGAGGGAAUAGCCCAUGAAGAGGAAAUGGAACUAGCAGCUAAAGUUUUGGAAGAACUCCAUGGGCGACAAGUAGUGACUAGGAACACGAUGGAAAGACUCGUAAUGCAGUACGAUCUCGAGGGUUUACCGGUCUAAAAACUUCACACAAAGUAGAUUUCUUUAUAGAAAUAUGCAUCAUGUACCUGUUUUGUAAUUAUAUCGAACAGGCUAAGAUAAUAUUGUUUCAAUCGUUUUUACGAUCUGAUUAUCGUUUGAUUUACGAUUGUGUAGUAUUUCGUAUAAACUUAGCUUCGUACUCUUAUGUUAUGAUCGCCUUCAACUGAUCAGAUUGUUCCUUAGAAGGUUCACACUAGCUUUUGCACUGGUUUCAUUAUCGUUAAUCAUGUUUAGUUAUUGUUUAUGUGAAGUUGUACACGGUAUUUACAAUAAAAAAUCAAUCGGAAACAAAUUGUUCUAGUGGUUUAA